AUGGUUGAAAUACCUGAGGGAGUGUGGACACAACCAUUGGAAAUUGAGCAAAGUUAUGAGGAAGUGCACAAAGGGAAGACCAAAGCUUCAGCAAUGACCAUAGAGGAAGAGGAAGUUCAGUGGUACUAUGACAUCAUGAAGUUCUUGGAACUAGGGGCAUAUCUAGAUGAUGCCGACAAGAGAGAACACCAUUCCAUUAGGAUGAUGGCAACACAAUACAUCCUAUGUGGAGGACAACUCUAUAGAAGAUCCUAUGAUGGUAUACACCUUCAUUGCUUGAAGAAGGAAGAAGCCAAGAGAGUAAUGGAAGAAGUUCUUCAAGGGAUUUAUGACCCUUAUAUGAAUGGAAGAAUGUUAGCCAAGAAAAUCCUAAGGAUGGGGUACUUUUGGAAUACAAUGGAGACCAAUUGUGUGGACUAUGUGAAGAGUUGA